GGCGCUGUGGCUGUGGAGUCCGGCGCUCCCUCAGGCCGCGGACGAUGCUGGCAGCCGAGGCCCGGGCGGCGGGGUCGGCGGCGGUGGUGUGACGCGCCGCCCGUCGCCUCACCUUGGGACCUGUCAGCCGCCUCGGGGCCGUGUGUGAGGCGGGGGUCCCCGGACCUGUUUGGUGGCAGCAGUGGAAUCUGAAGGGACUAUCCAGUCACAUUUGUGGAUGAGGAGGAAUAGAGGCAUUGCAUCUAAGAACUUUGUUGAGUUCUUUUAUGUUCUUCUCAAGACCUGAAAAAAAGAGAUUAGAUUCUGUCAGAAAUUAAGAACAAAUGAAUCUGUAGCUCAUGGAAGAAAAAACACAAAUCAAGACAUUUUUGGGUUCCAAGUUGCCAAGGUAUGGAGCAAAAUCUGUAAGAAGUACCCUGCAGCCGAUGCCAAAUGGAGCACCUGCUAAUUUACUGGGAUCUUCUAAGAGCAGCAAUGUCAGAAGUUAUAUUAAAAACAAUGGUCCUGAUUGUUCUUCCUCCCAUUCAUUUAACUGGAGAAUGACAAAUAAAUACCAAUGUCCUGCCCAAAGUAUUGAACAUUCUAACAAUUCUCAAGGUUCACAUGAUAGAGGAACUGGCACUGAAAAGCAGCAACCUGCUCAAGGAAUGUUUGACAAAAAUGGGAUAAAAGGAGGUUUGAAAAGUGUUUCUUUACUCACAUCAAAGUUAGUAAAGCCAUCCACUAUGUUUGUAUCAUCUGCAGAUGAGUUGAGCCAAAAGUCUUUAUCUGGCCCACCUAAUUUGGGUAAAUUCACUAAAGGAACAUUAUUAGGAAGGACUUCAUAUUCUUCAGUCAAUGCUCCAAGAUCACAAUUGAAUGGAUUUUAUGGAAAUCGAUCUGCUGGUAGCAUUCAGAGACCUAGGGCAAAUUCUUGCGCCACCGGAAGCAGUUCUGGAGAAAGCUUAGCACAAUCCCUUGAUAAUAUUAAAUCUAUUACUUGUGAAAAAAUGGUAAGGUCACAGAGUUUUUCACAUUCCAUUCAGAAUUCCUUCCUUCCACCUUCAUCUCUAACCAGAUCACAUUCUUUCAAUAGAGCAGUUGAUCUUACAAAGCCUUAUCAGAACCAACAGCUACCUAUGAGAGUGCCUCUAAGAUCGAGUAUGCUAACAAGGAAUUCCCGGCAAUCAGAAGUUCUCAAUGGGAAUGAACAUUUAGGAUAUGGAUUUAAUAGACCUUUUGCUGCUGAUGGGAAGAAAUUGGCUUUAUCAAAUGGCCAAGGCAUAACUUCCACUUUGGGUUAUAGGAUGAUUCAUUCCCCUCUACUAAAAUCUAGACGAUCUCCAUUUUCUGGAAACAUCACAGUGGAUGGUAAUAGAAAUUCACAUGCUGACACAUGUGUGGAGGAAGAUGCUGCACUUUUGGUUAAGGAUGAAGCUACUGAUAAGGACCAAGAACAAAUCGAAAAUGAUGGUUGUAGAAUAGAAAGUGACCAGACCACGAAGAGUGAUGCUAAAAUUAGAUACCUGAGUGAUGAUGUAGAUGAUAUUUCCUUGUCUUCUUUAUCAUCUUCUGAUAAGAAUGAUUUAAGUGAAGAUUUUAGUGAUGAUUUUAUUGAUAUAGAAGACUCUAACAGAACUAGAAUUACUCCAGAGGAAAUUUCUCUUAAGGAAGAAAAGCAUGAAAAUGUUCCAGCAAAGGAUGUGUGUGAUUCCCCCAAGGAAAGUGAGAAAUCCUUCAGUAAAACUGAUGAGUGGAUAGAUAUAAGUGUCUCUGACAGGAGUGAAUGUGCAAAACGUACCUCUGGGAAUAACUUGAUUUCACCAGACACAGAUUACAGAGUUGGCUCUUCAUUUGAACUUUCUCCAUCUGAUAGUUCUGAUGGAACAUAUAUGUGGGAUGAAGAGGGCUUGGAGCCCAUUGGAAAUGUUCACCCUGUUGGGAGCUAUGAAUCUUCUGAAAUGAACAGCAUAGAUAUUCUGAAUAAUCUUGAAUCUUGUGAUUUGGAAGAUGAUGACCUUAUGCUUGAUGUGGAUCUGCCUGAGGAUACACCUCUUGAAAAUGUGGAGUGUGACAAUAUGAACCGCUUUGAUCGAACGGACAGAAAUGUUCGACAGUCUCAGGAAGGAUUUUGGAAAAGACCACCCCAGAGGUGGAGUGGACAGGAACAUUACCACCUCAGCCAUCCCGACCACUAUCAUCACCAUGGGAAAAGUGACCUGAGUCGAGGCUCUCCCUAUCGAGAUUCUACCUUGGGUCAUUUUGAAAGCUAUGGAGGAAGCCCAUUCUUUCAGACUCAGAAGAUGUUUUUAGAUGUACCUGAAAAUACUGUGAUUCUGGAUGAGAUGACCCUUCGGCACAUGGUCCAGGAUUGUACUUCUGUAAAAACUCAGUUACUCAAACUGAAACGUCUGCUGCAUCAGCAUGAUGGAAGUGGUUCAUUGCAUGAUGUUCAACUAUCAUUACCAUCCAGUCCAGAACCAGAAGAUAAUGAGCAAAUAUAUAAGAAUGAAGAUUUAUUAAAUGAAAUAAAACAACUUAAAGAAGAAAUAAAGAAGAAAGAUGAAAAAAUUCAACUGUUAGAACAUCAGCUUGCCACACGGUGUAACUGUCAUCAGAAUUCUCAAGAGGAAAAAUGCACAUAUGUCGAUAAAUAUACUCAAACACCUUGGAGAAGAAUUUCUCCUCAAGUACUACAGUGUUCCAGCAGCCUUCCCAGACCCACAGACCACGCCCAGGGAAAACUAAUAAAACCACAACAUAUCGAGGUCCACAGUGAAUGUACAGUCCCGGGCAUACAUCAUGGUGUUGUACAUCUGGACAAAAGUUUUACACCUAGCUUAAAACAAGGCAACCAUGGUUUAGGAGAACAUCGUUUUUCUUCAAGCCCACAGUUCACUAAGGAUUUGUCGAAGGGUACAUCUUCUGAAGUAAACUUGAACACAAACGUGGAUGCUCAAGAGCCUUAUUUGGCAACUAAUCAAAGUAACGAUGAGCAGUUAGUAGACACUUCUCUUCAGACACUUCCCCAGUCAAGUAUAGAAGAUCAGGCUAAGAGAGUUGGAAAAAAUCAUUCUUCACCGGAGGUCUACACGUGUCAAUCUAAGUCUUUGCAGCAUUUUAAGCCAUCCAUGUUGAAUUCUUCAGUACCGACUCCAGUUUCAGAAUCAUCAUCAAGUAGAACUCCCACUUGUAAGAAGUCACCAAUAAUCACAUCAUACGAUUCAACGAAACUUCACUCAACAGCUAGUCAAAUAAGCCUUGCAAAUUCAAAAGUAUCUAAACUCCGUCCCCCUUCUGGCUCUUUCAAACAAAAACAAUUGAGCGCCCCCCGAACUGAACCUCAAACUAUCCAAGCCAAGACAAGCAUUCCAAGGCCACUAAUAAGAAGAAAAGAAACCAUUCAGAAUCCAAAUGGCAAUUUGAAUUCUGGGGAUUGUUUGGCCUAUAACCGUUAUUCUCGUCUUCCUAAACCAAAGAUACAUUAACUACUUAGCCAUCACCUACCAAUUUGUUUUUGUUUUCUUUCUUUCUUUUCUGUAAUGGCUUUAUGUACAAUUUCUAUUAUGAUGAUGGUUCCUUUGAAAGGCUGUGAAGAUAGUUUAGCUCUUCAAUUUUAUAUCCUGGUUGAAGUAUAUAGUAUUUAAACAUAUUUGUCUCAGGUGAACAUAAAGUUUGCUUACCUUUUUCAGAGGCCUAUAGAAGAUUCCAAUCAUGUUAUCCACCUCUCUUCACAUCAUAAAACAUUCAAUAUUCCAUUUAGCAGGCAAGAAAUGUCUGUUGCUGAUCAAAUUCUCUUUGGUCUGUUUUAACUGUGAUUCUGCAAGUUUCAUCCUUUUACACUUAAUUUCUCCUGUAAAUAUGGCUAUAAAAAAUUGGUGAUAAUGGAAGGCGAUAGUUGACGGAGUUUUGGCCAUUGAUUUGUACAUUUAAAAGGUCUAUGCAAAGCUCUGUAAUUAAUAAAGGAGAUCAGGCUUUUAAUGAAAAAUCUAUGUAAGCUUUAUUUUUCCUUGCUGGGAUCAGGAAGCUAGUAGUCUCAGUAUUUGUUUAUCAGGCAGAUUACUCACCCUUAAAAUAUCUCAUAUUACAUAUAAAGUUUAACAUAUUUUAUAUGCAUACAAACCUAUCAUCCCAUUUUUUUGUUGUUUUAGCUAUUGGAUAAAGUUUGGAAAGCUUAAGAUACAUCUUGUAACCUAUACCUAAAGAAGUAUUUAUUUGUAAUAUAUGUCAGUAAGAGUUUUGCUAGUGAUUUAGUUUGAACCCUACAGGCUUAAGGAUCCAUGGUAGCUAUUUUGAAGUUCCACUGCAUAUAUUUUAAAUUAAGUCUUAAUCGUAAUAAUUAUAUUUAUUGAAUUACUGCUAUUAUCCGAAGACUGGAAGAACAGAUUUGAAAUGUUUGCACAUACCUUUGAUG